AUGGCACGCAUCUUCUUGCACUGUCUGGCACUGCUUGUUGCCGUUUUAUUGACAAGAUGCAAUGCGAUGCGGAACGAUGCACUGUGUAGAAAGAUUGAGAGAGUGUACUACAGGCGAGGUCUGUACCAAGUCUUGUCGAAUGUCUUUGAAGAAAGAACCAUGCCCAUUGAUCGGCAAACACCAAAUUACAUGUUAAGAUGGGUAUGCUGUGAUGGAGAGGAUCGUCCAGACUAUUGCGGAAAACCCUUCUGCGAUCCCUUUUGCCCGGAAUAUGAGGGUGAAUGCAACUUGGAGGACAAGAGAUGCAGGGACAAAGCCGAUAUCGUUACGGAUUCAGGAGUCGGCCGUGUCGAGAAGAGGGGCAGCGCACAGUACUCUUUUGAACCGUCCGAAGAGCCAUUUGCCGAUGGGAAUCCUGAUGGAAUGUGCACUCUUUGUUGCGGCGGAUCAAUCAGGACAUUCGAUGGGCUGACCUACAACUACCCACUACAGUGCCGGACAGUGUUGGCAUCCUUCAAAGCUGAAAACCAGUUCACUGUGGACAUCGUACCUAAGUAUGAGUGCAAUGAUAUCACCCAUGAAUGCAGAAGUGCUGUGAACAUCACAAAUAAUCUAAUGAUGCUUGAGUUUCUACCUGGUGGUGUGGUUCGCUAUAAUAACCGAGUUGUACAGCCGCCGUACAGUAGCACGUCCGGCAUUCUGAUAUUCAAGAGAGGGGCGGAGAUAGUCUUCGAAGGGACAGACGAGACUCGAGUGUUCUUCGACGGGAUCAACGGCGUGUCCAUCGAGGUGAAUCGGAUCUACCAAGCCGCAGACGGCGUGCACAGCCUGCGAGGCCUGUGCGGAAACUACGACAACGACCACAGGAACGACCUGGACGGCUUAGCCGUGGCAGACCUGGCCGGUAAAUACAAGUUUCCGGAGGGCAGGUGCCAGCCGAUGGACGCCCAGUUCAUCGUCCCGUUCUCGAGCCUGAGCGAUGUGCAGCAGUCGGAGGUCCGCACCGCUUGUAACGAUUUUGCAAGAGACCCGAUCUUCAAAGAGUGCAGGUCCAAAAUCGUGAUCGAGCCCUACCACACCUCCUGCUGGUUCUCAAUGUCGCUGUGUAUACUGCAGGGUUCGAGGUGCGACAUUUGCAGUAUUUACGCCGAGUUCUCGGAGACCUGUGCACGCCAUGGUGUCGAUGUGGAAUGGAGAUCAGAGUCGUUUUGCCAUAUUGAAUGCAGUAAUGGCAUGGAGUACGUGGAGUGCGGAACAGCUUGCCCACGCACAUGUGAAAACAUGUUCUACUCCGCCGACUGCGCCGAGCGGUGUGUUCCCAGCUGCCAGUGUCCAUACGGUACCUACUUGGAUGGAGAGCUCUGCAUCCCUAAGGAAAGUUGCCCCUGUCUGCAAGCAAGCGAAAGCUUUCCAGCCGGUGCCAUCAUGAAGGAUGGGUGCAGGGAAUGUGUUUGCAUGGAGGGCAUGCUGCGGCAGUGUACCACCCAUGCCUGCCCUGCAACCUGUUCAAUCUUGGGAGGCCAUGCCUUCCGCACCUUCGACGGCAGCAGGUACGAGUUUGACGGUAAGUGCGAGUACGUGCUGGCGCAGAACCUGAACAAAGACGACCCGCUGUUCGGUAUCUUCAUGGACAAGUCGGUCUGCGAUGAUAAAGAUCUAAACUGCGUUCCGUACAUCAGCAUUAUGGUUCCAGAUGGAACCACAUACGAACUUCAGACGGCGGGUGCAGUGCAGAUAUCCAAAGCCAACCAACCCACACAGGAGCUGAAGCUACCAUACAGCAAGGUGGACGGCGACAGUACCAUCACAGUCACCCGUAUUUCGUCUGUCGUGACUCGCGUGGCGUUACCAAAGCUGGGCAUUGAGAUCAUGUGGGGCAGCGAUAACCGCAUAUAUCUCUCCGUGACAGAGCACCUGUUUGGCAAGAUUCAUGGUCUUUGCGGGAACUUCAACCAAGUACUCAAUGACGACUUCCAACUGCCCUCUGGAUCCACUGUGGCCGUUGCUCAAAACUUUGUCGGCAAGUGGAUCUCCAAUGCCCUUUGCGAGGAGACGGACCACAAGGACAGUAUCAACUUCUGUGAGGUCGAGAACUCCUUCGAGCAGAGUGCCAAGACUGUUUGUGGUAAACUGAAGUCGGAGCCUUUUCUAGAAUGCAGUGCGAAGGUGGAUGUGACCACGUACCUGAAGCAGUGCCAAGUCGACCGAUGUAACAGCUUCGAGAGAGCUGAGUGUCUAGCCUUCGCCGCCUAUGCCUGGGAGUGUGCCAAGGUGGGCGUGGAGAUUGACUGGAGAAGCCCAGAUCUGUGCCGUAAGUUGUGCUUUCCAUUGCCAUUUCUCGGUGUACAGCCAAUGUCUUCUAUUUGA